ACUUGAGAAAAAUGGCUGCCUUGACAACAGAGCAGUUUGCGGCACUCCAGACCCUGCUCAAGGCCUCCUCGAAAGAUGUUGUUAGGCAACUGUGUCAAGAGAGCUUUUCCAGUUCAUCCCUUGACUCAAAAAAACUCUUGGAUAUCACGUGUUCCAAGUUGUCUGUGACCCAGGAGGAGGCAGAUCAACUACUCCAUGCUCUGCACCACCUCACAAGGCUGGCAGUGUUCCGGGACCUGUCCUCUGCCGAGGCAAUUCUGGCUCUCUUUCCUGAAAAUUUCCACCAAAACCUCAAAAACCUGCUGACAAAAAUCAUCCUAGAACACAUAUCUACAUGGAGAACAGAAGCCCAGGAAAGUCAGAUCUCCCUGCCACGCCUUGUCGACCUGGACUGGAGAGUGGACAUCAAAACCUCCUCAGACAGCAUCAGUCGGAUGGCAGUGCCCACCUGCCUGCUCCAGAUGAAGAUCCAGGAUGAUCCCAGUCUGUGCACGGACAAACCCUCCGUCUCAGCUGUCACCAUGGAGCUGAGCAAAGAAAUGCUGGAUACUAUGUUAGAUGGGCUGGGCCGCAUCCGAGACCAGCUCUCUGCCGUAGCCAACAAGUGACCCUGGCCAGCUGCUGGCUUCUGCUCCGUGCUUCAGCAGCCCA